UGACAGACAACACUGAAGAUCAGUUUUACGCGAUUGACAGUUUAAAAAGAAGAUUUUUGUUGGCUCCGAAAUCAGAUCUUAGUUCCAAACACGAUGAAGAAGGUCAGAAACAAGAUCGUGACCUAAUAGAGGUAAUUACCCAGUAUCCACGUGCGCGUGGUUCUCGGCCAAGAACAACAUCCCUGGUUCGUAUAUUAGAUCGGCGCGCCUGACUUUCAUCUAAUACAUAGGUUUUCACUGUAACCUCAUCAACGCACAUCAAUGUUGAAGUAGCUGUAGCAGGCCCAUGCAUUCAAGAAUAUUCUAGGCCUACACGACUGCGUCUACCGUUAUUGAGUUUGUUAAAGAACUACAGUGAAACAUUAUUUUGUCGCCCUCCGUGUUGCAGGUUUUAGUGUUCGCCCUUCCCAUCUACAACUCCUACCCCUUUUUUCUAUUGGAUCAUCUCAGUAUCAGAACACCUCCCGCAAGAACGCCCAAAAAAAUGCCGCAAGGGAGUGACGGUCUUCAUCUAUCAACAUCUUCUCCCGUUGAGGACAAAUGUAAUCGACAAGUGCAGCGACAGGGUCAACGUGACGACAAUAAAAGCGACAUCGCUGCCGGCAAGAGGAGCAGUUCUUCGAGUUCGUCAUCCUCAUUGCAGCGGCAAUUGGUCGAACAGGUUAGACAAACGGAUCCCAUUUAUGUCCUGUUCACGCCUGAUAGCGAAGACUGGAACGUGAGCGUUUCAGCGCCGCCAGCAGGAACUCACCAGCUGGAAACAUUGAUCCAUGGUGUACACGUUUGCCAGCAAUACUUGCUGCACCCGUUAUUUCGCCAGGAUGCUUCUCUGCGCGGGCGAGCUUUGGGUCUUUUGUACAAAAGUAUUUGCGCGGACCUGCGAUGGCAAAGAACAUCGUCGGAGCAGCAGCUAGUACAAUUUCUUCCCAAGAAAAAAGCGCAAGUGAAGAAGAGCAACAAGGGUGUUGUGGAGGGUGCUGAAAAACGAGCAACUACUCCUUUUUCACACAUGAGCGAGGAACGGGUUGCUGAGCAGCUACAAGGCGAGUGGAGCCUCGAUCCAGCAGAGUGCGUGACCCUGAACUAUCCGAUCGGCCAUGACGAUUUUUCUUUAGCGUAUUUGGAUACCGGUGCCAGUCGACGGCUGUCCGCCAAGAACGCUGAGCGCUAUGACGGCUUUCUCAAGGAUUUUGAAAAGAAACGAGUCCAACUUGAACAGGAUCACCAGCGACGCAAAAUCAAAAGGAAUCUCCAAAAGUUGCGUGAAACACGUCGUAGCGGAGGAUCUCCUUGGGAUACAGCAAGAGCAGCUGAGGAUCUUCAGAUAGCCGAAGUUGACCAAGAAUUGCGAAACUGGUACGUCAGUCGGCAAUUGAGUGAUCAAAGGGUCUACAAUGGGUGCUACUGCCUCUAUAACACGCGCAGUCGACCAGAGAGCGACGGUAUGGUGCAGGACUCUCAACCCUUAGGAAUUUCCCCGGAAAUUGCAGAAGGCGCAGACGCGGACCCCCAAAUCGUAGGACUAUUGGUACAAAUCGCGCUAUGCCAGGCAAAGCUAAUCAGAAUAGAUAGCCCGACCAAGAAUGAGGGAGACGAUUUCAAAUUCGCUCUAGCGGUUCUAUUUGACCGACUCUGCCUCUACGACUCGUGGACCACAUCAAGUGAAAGAGAAGAGGACAGUAGACGAGCGAGUAUCGCAGUGCAGCUUGAGAAGGAAUGGGGUUUCAACGCUGAAGGUGAUGUCGAGUGUCAACAGUACGCUGUCAAGAUCGCAGACGAAUCUUCGUGGUCGCUCCAGCGAUUCUUUGCUGACGAAUUUAAAUUGAUGGCAAGUUACGAAAAGCAGACAUACGACCAACUUCCAGCGGAUGUAAGCGCCGCUCAGCGUGCAGUCAUGGCCGGUCAAUUGCUUGUGCGGGAACGAGCGUUACAGAGAUUAGAAGAAGGGUCACCAUGAUUAUAACAACCCACUGCAGAUGGAAUUCAGAAUUGUUUCCCAUUGCAGAAGAUAUUGAUCAAUACAAUACAAUACAAUUAAUCUCGCUUUUUUUUUUUGUAUCGCGAGCGAGUUCCGGAAAGAAAGUUCAGUGCAGACUGCCUUCAGCAAAUAUUUUUUUGCUUCGGAGAACGAAGGUCCGAGCGAAGGCUUCCGACAACGUGACUCUUUUUCUUAAUCUUUCAUGCUCGUGCUUGUCAUGAACCACAACCAGAAGUAAGCC